UUGCUUAUCUUACUCUGCGGCCACCGUAGGCAGGCUGCAAGAUGGCGGCCUCCAUCUUCAUGGGCGCCGUGAGAGCUGCCUCAGGAAUAUUACGUCCCCUCAAUGUCUCGGUUUCGUCAACCUAUCGGAACUGUGCCAGGAAUGCCGGUCUUAGUUCUGCGCUGCGCACCAUUCCUUUUAGACAUGUUCAGACAUCAGUUGUUUCCUCUGCUCCAAGGCUUGUCGAGUCUGUCGGACACCUGGCAUAUGGGCACACGGCAUCAGUCCUUAAUAGAGUGGCCACAUUGGUUCCCAGUGUCUUGAAGCCUCCGGUCAGAGCUCUGACGUACUGCAGCGCACGGAAAGGAAAGAGAAAGACGGUGAAGUCGGUUGUGCAUCGCUUCCUCCGACUUCACUCUGGCCUUUGGCUAAGGAGAAAGGCUGGCUAUAAGAAAAAAUUAUGGAAAAAGUCAACUGCAAGAAAGAAGCGCUUGAGGGAAUUCGUGUUCUGCAAUAAGACCCAGAGUAAACUCCUAGAUAAAAUGACGACAUCUUUCUGGAAGAGGCGCAACUGGUACGCUGGUGAUCCCUACCAGAUGUACCACGAUCGGACAAACCUGCGGGUAUAGUUCAGAGCUCGCACAGGUUCCCAACUCUGGGAUGUGGAGCUUUAUGCACAGAUGUCCUUGCAAAAGUGAGUGUGUGUUAAACUGUAAACUCUACCGGCUGACAGACAAGCUUAGGUCACCACCAUUGUGCAUUAAACGGUCCCAGAGCUGGUCACUGAACUCAAAGUUAAAUUUAUUGUGCAUCAUUUCAAAAAACUGCUAAUGGCUUUUCUUAUUCCUGGGGUCUUGGGUGAGGAAAAACAUGAAAAGAAGCUAAAACAGUGGGCCUUUGCGUGGGGUUGAGAUUGUACCCAGGUCUUUUACAUGCCAAACAGACAUCUUACAUGCCUAUUCCCAAUAUGAGGCAUGAUGUAUUUCAAAAAUCAGUACUUUGGAACUUAGGAACCACCUUACAGCUUGAUCUCCUACCUGAAACUCCCUAGCCCCAGGUUUGGGAAGGGCAGGAACUGGAUGAAGCAGGAGAUGGUGGAACUUUGCCUCAGCUCUAGUGUGUGUGUGUGUGUGUGUGUGUGUGUGUGUGUGUGUGUGUGUGUGUCCACCACAUCACUCUCCUUAAUCUUGGCUUUUGUUAUGUAUAGUUUAUAUCCCUCAGACUAUCUUCAGCUUGAACCUUUGAGGUUCUCUUUAACAUUACAACCCUCAGCUCUUGUCAUGUCCUCUCUCUUAAUUGCCAGGGGACCUAAGUAGGCCUGCUUACCUUUUCAUUGUAAGUCCUAAUCCAUGCCUCAUGCCAUAUAGAGUUUGUCUGUCUGUGGCUCAAGACCCCACUCAGCCCCUCUUAGUUGUGCCAGCAGGUUCAUGCCGAAUAAAAAGGUAGUUAUAAGUUAUAAGUGCUUAGAGGUGACAUGGAGUAGCAGUGCACUUUCCUCUUGUGUCCUGGGUUCUUGUGUUUAUGACAGUCAUCACUAGUUUUAUUGAACUGAGUACUUUUCACAAAAGUAAAUCACCUUUCCACAUACCCUUCUUGAAACACACAGCUGUACAAUAAACUCCUUUUGCCUAA